AUGAUUCUUGUGAUUAGUGGUAUCACGUUUUUUGUGUGGGAUUUGAUCUUGAAGGCAGAUGUGAUUGCUCAUGGUUGUGCCCAAUCUGUUGCUGAUGUUGGUGAGACAGCUGUAGACGUAACCCUGUCUGAUGAAAAUCAAGAGAGUGUUGAUCUGCUGUGGGAAAAAGAUGGUUGCAGCAAGAUUGGGGAAGAGUCAGCUUUUAUCACAGUUGUUGCAAAGAAGACGAUGGAAUGGUUUCGCCAUGUCACUUCGACAAACAAGGGUGAAGAACAGAGAAGAAAAAACCACAUAUUAAAAAAUAAGAAGGAUGAAGCAGCUGCAGACUUUUAA